AUGUCAAUCAUAAUAUCACAUGUUGAGGACUAUGGUCUUCAUGAGGUGUACGACAUCAAUGGCAAUGACCUGCAGGACCUAGUCAAUUUGCCAAAGGAUCCAAAGCAACUGGAGGCAAUUGGCGGUGUGAAUGGACUGGCACAAAAGUUGCGAUCUUCAACCACCGAUGGUUUGCAGAAGAAUGCCAAUGCAUUGUCAUCAAGAGCUGAAACGUUUGGAAAAAACGUUCUGCCCGAUCCUCCCAUGGACUCGUUGUUUACCAUCAUGAAAGAUACGCUCAAGGAUGAGACUUUGAUCAUCCUGAUCAUUGCUGCCGUGGUCUCCAUUAUCUUGGGCUCAAUCAAGUACACCUCGGAGAACCCCAAGACUGGAUGGAUUGAGGGUGUGGCCAUCCUAUUCGCUGUGAUCAUCGUUACAAUCGUCACUUCAAUCAACAACUUCAAGAACCAACAACGUUUCCAGGACCUCAACAAGAAGUCAUCGGAUCGCCAGGUCAAGGUGGUGCGUGCCGGUGAGCAAUGUGUUAUCUCGGUAUUCAACCUGUUGGUCGGUGAUGUCCUGAUGGUGGACACUGGUGAUAUUGUAUGCACCGAUGGUGUGUUCAUUGACGGCCACUCCAUUGUCUGUGACGAAUCCUCCAUUACUGGUGAGUCUAACCCAAUCAAGAAGGGUCAUGACAGCCAGGGCUUUGACCCACUCUUCAUCUCUGGUACCAUUGUCCAGGAGGGCUUUGGCAAGAUGAUGGUCACCGCCGUAGGUGUCAACUCAAUCAAUGGCAAGAUCCUCAUGUCUCUUCGCACUGAGACCGAGGACACCCCAUUGCAGGAGAAGCUUGGAGAGCUUGCCGACAGGAUCGGAAAGUUUGGUCUGGGUGCUGCCGUUUUGUUGCUGCUCAUCGUCAUCCCCAAGUAUUUCCUCCAGCUUAAGGUUGACGAUAUCCCAAUUACCACAGAGUGUCUUAGUGAUAUUACCAAGAUCGUCGUGUCAGCCAUCACCAUCGUUGUGGUCGCCGUACCAGAGGGUCUGCCACUGGCCGUCACUGUCGCUCUGGCCUAUGGUAUGCUCAAGAUGUACAAGGAGAACAAUCUCGUGCGUAACAUGGCGUCGUGUGAGACUAUGGGAGGUGCCACCACCAUCUGUUCAGACAAGACUGGCACACUCACCACCAACCAGAUGACUGUUGUGGCUGGACAUAUCUCCAAGCUCUUUGAGAACGUUGACCACAACGUCAAGCACAACAUUCCAGCUCAACUUCACUCAAUCAUUGUUGAUGGUAUCUGUCUCAACUCCAACGCCUACGAGGGUGUCUCAACCACUGGCCGCACAGAGUUCAUUGGUAGCAAGACAGAGUGUGCACUUUUGAAGUUUGUUCAGCUCUUUGGAGCUGACUACCAAACGAUCCGUAGUACUUCCAACAUCAAGAAGCUCUAUCCAUUCACAUCGACUCGCAAGCGCAUGGCCGUUCUAGUCGAGUUGGGCAACGGUCGCUACAGACUCUACGUCAAGGGUGCUUCUGAGAUCAUCCUCGGUCGUUGCUCCACCUACUUUGAUGAGAAUGGCAACGUUCAACAGAUGGGCAACGAUGCCCGUCGCAUCUAUGAGGACACAAUCAACAGAUUCGCCACUGACACUUUGAGAACCAUUGGUCUGGCCUACAGCGACUUUGACCUCAGUCAGAUUGACCUCGAGAGCGCUGAUGAGCCAAGCCAGAACUUGUGUUUCAUUGGUGUGGUCGGCAUCCGUGACCCAAUCAGACCAGAGGUGCCACACGCUGUUGCACAGUUCAAGAGAGCCGGUGUCAUUGUUCGCAUGGUCACUGGAGACAACCUCAUCACUGCACAGAACAUUGCCAAGAAGUGUGGUAUCCUCUCCAGCAAUGGUGUGUGCCUCGAGGGACCAGAGUUCCAGAGAAUGACCAACGACGAGAUUGACAGAGUGCUUCCUCGUCUCCAGGUGUUGGCCCGUUCCUCGCCAUUGGACAAGAGAAGAUUGGUCGAGCGUUUGAAGGAGGCUGGUGAAAUUGUUGCCGUCACUGGAGAUGGUACCAACGAUGGUCCCGCCCUCAAGAUGGCACAUGUCGGAUUCUCAAUGGGUGUCACUGGUACCGAAGUGGCCAUUGCCGCUUCUGACGUUGUCUUGCUAGAUGAUAACUUUGCCUCGAUUGUCCGUGCCCUGCUCUGGGGCAGAAACAUCUACGACUCCAUCUGUAAAUUCUUGCAGUUCCAGCUCACCAUCAACAUUGUAGCCGUGAUUGUUGCACUCGUUGGUAACAUCUCUGGCAAUGGUGAGUCACCUCUUACUGUUAUCCAGUUGCUCUGGGUCAACCUCAUCAUGGACACGUUGGCCGCUCUGGCACUGGCCACCGACCCACCCCACGAGGGUCUGCUCGACCGUCCACCACGUGGAAAGGAUGCACCACUCAUCUCCCGUACCAUGUGGCGUGACAUCCUCGGUCAGGCUGCCUUCCAGCUCUGUGUUCAAUUCUUCCUGUUGUACCGUGGUGCCGAGUUCUACAACAACAUCCUAGGAACAGAUAUGCCAGAUAAUGGAGUAGAGCACUACACCAUGAUAUUCAACACCUUUGUAUUCCUCCAACUCUUUAACGAGAUCAACUCACGUGUACUUGGAAACUCUCUCAACAUCUUCAAGCACAUCUUUAACAACCCAUUGUUCAUCAUCAUUUGGUUCGUGACGAUUGGCAUUCAGAUUGUCUUUGUCACCUUUGGAGGAGAAGCCACUGCCACAGUAAAGUUGAGCAUUGCAGAGUGGGGCAUUUGUGUCCUGACUGGAGUGAUGUCAUUGCCACUUGGAUUCUUGUUGAGAUUGAUCCCAAUCAAGAAUGCACAAGUUGAGCGUAGUAUGGACAGUGAGAGUACUCCAUUGUUCAGCAAGUCCUCAACCAGAUACAGCGAGGUGUAA